CAUAUUUUGGCCAGAGUUAUCACUCGUUUCGCAUAAAUCGGCCCAAAAUCUGAUUUUUCCAGCAGGUGGCAGUUUUUCGGGUUUUGUUUCGCUCUCCAAGCGAUUCGUUUUUGUAUGGGUAUGGGCCUCCUUUAUUACCACAAGAAGUAGAUUAUUGGUGUCGCCUCUGCGCAGCCGCCCCGCGAGCCCUAGUGUGCAAACCACCCAUUACAUCCAUGUUGUCUACGAAGAGGGAAUCGGCAUCAGCAAUACUGACGGAACGUUUUAGAUGUGUUUUUAUUUAUUAGCAUACAUUUAUCAGAUUUUUUUCCCACGAGGAAUAUGGAAGUUCAAAUGGCUGUCGUUAGGUAGAAUGACGUGUUUGCAGUCAGCAACCGUGCUAUUUAUUUUUCUUAAUGUUAUGUAAGAACAGAGACGGUACGCGGUGCCUCUUGUACCGAAUUGAGGCGUAAUAAUGAAUAACGCGCAAGAUAUGUCUCCUGAUUUUGUCUUGAUGCGCUUGGUUUCUGCGGCUGAAUAUGACCGAUUGGACGAGGAGAAUUUGACGUCGGGCGGUGGAGUGGUUUCCGGAUUCGGGAAAGCUGUCUUGGGUAAUCAUGGCAACAAUAUCAACAAUGGGUUUGAAUUUGAUCGGAACAACCCCACAGCAGGCCCGGGGAUUCCGAGCAAUCCCUCCCCGCACUAUAGUUCACAGGUUGAGAGCCGGACGGGAGCCCCUGACAGCCGCUUGAUGCUGACCCGACCCUUAGUUUCUGAUGCGCCUCAACCUCCGGACUUCGCCGUGGCUCAGCGCUUCGAUUUCCCGCAUGGUGCGGGCAGAGGCUCGCGGGCUCAGCUCAUGGUGUUUCAGAGCGUCCUUAGGACAAGCGACGGUAUUUUGGAAUGCGGCCUCGAGCAACCUCCUGGCUUUCAGGUAAGUGAGGCUGAUAAACAGGAAGCCAGUUCUGCCUGUGUCAUGAUGACCGGUGACAACAAUAUGGAUGUGCAACACCAGAGGCUUCAGUGGCAUCCCAUUAUGAAGCUGUCCAAGGUGGUUGCAAAUGCAGGUGACCUGGCUGGAGAGGGAGAUGGGCUCUGCCACCGGCACCGCCUGGUCACUGAUGCCAUGGACUGGCCUCCGCUCCUGGACAAGUCCCUCUGCUUCUGCAUCCUGGACCCCAAGAAGACCUGUUCGACGGGGGACACGAUCUACCACCACCUGGACGACACGGUGCUCAACCUGGCCCAGAGGCUGAGGGAGCUGGGCCAGGCCUCAGAGAUGCUGCUGAAGGAGGGUGGAGAGAUGCCUCGCUGUUCCUGUCAGAGCAUCCUGGCUUCGGCAACGGGGGGCAUAGGCCCUGGAGAGGACCCUAGUGAAACCAGUGACGCCCUCCUGGUGCUGGAGGGCCUGGACUCUGAAGAAGUGGGUGAGCUGGGGCUGGACGGGGAGGAGUUUAAAGGUGGUGUCCCUGGGCAGGAGGGCGAGGCAGACAUGGGGCAGGACCGGCGGGGGACUUUCUCAAGCGGCUCCCUCACGGGGCUUAUGAGGCAGGUACACAGGCUUGCUGGGGAGUCCUGUGCCUGUGACCCCCAGGUGUGUCCCUCGCCGUUGGAUGCCCUGGGCUCUGCUGCAGCCUUAACAUCGUCCCUGUCUCUGGCCUCUAACAUCACGGGGCAGUCGGCAGCAGAAGCUUCCGCCACCCUAUCUGACACCUUACCUUCACAGGACCCUCCCAGCCAAACCUCCCAGCCCCAAAGCAGGGCCACCACGCCGAAGUUAGGGGUGAUGUUGCGAGCUGCCUCACCCGUAGUAGUAGAGGGGGCGGCAGGGGGCGAGAAGACGACCAGAGGGAAGUCCCGGAAAGGCUCUCUAAAGAUCCGUCUGAGCAAACUAUUCCGAACCAAGAGCAGCAACGGCUCCAGUCACCUACUGGACAAGAGGCCCUCGCUGGCCUCCUCCACCUCCUCCGGGGGCAGCCUGGUGGAUGUGUGGGGCUCUGGAUCCACCAGCACAGACAUGGACACAGGGAGCAAACACCAGCUCUCCAGGCCCCAAAGUGCCUUCUCUCCGUUGGCCUUCGGUCCUGCCUUCACCGGUGAGACUGUGUCCCUGGAAGACGUGGAUAUUUCUCGUAGAGGGGUGAACUCUCUGCACCCCCCGACACCUCCACCUCCACCCAGACGAAGCCUCAGUCUGCUGGAUGACUUUGGUGGGCCGCAGCCUGGGCCUUUCCUAGAGAGUGGUGUUCAUCCCUCCCAUGCCUUCAUCCAGCAUAGCCUCAGCCUCAAUGAUACGUUCCUGCGGGGUCUCCCCCGGCCCAUCCCGCUGCCUGGCGACGGCCAGAACCCGUCUCGGAUGGACCAGCGCCCACUGCUGUGCCCACUGAGCCGCCCCGAUGCCAGCAGCUUUGCCACCAGCCUCCGAGAACUGGAAAAAUGUGGCUGGUACUGGGGUCCUAUGAACUGGGAGGAUGCAGAGAUGAAGCUGAAGGCCAAGCCAGACGGGGCGUUCCUGGUGAGGGACAGUUCUGACCCCCGCUACAUCCUCAGCCUGAGCUUCCGCUCCCAGGGGGUCACACACCACACGCGCAUGGAGCACUACAGAGGAACCUUCAGCCUCUGGUGUCACCCAAAGUUUGAGGACCGCUGUCAUUCUGUGGUAGAGUUUAUCGAACGGGCCAUCAUGCACUCCAAGAACGGAAAAUUCCUCUACUUCCUGCGCUCACGGGUCCCAGGCCUCCCACCGACCCCGGUCCAGCUACUGUACCCAGUUUCCCGCUUCAGCAGUGUCAAGUCCCUGCAGCACCUCUGUCGCUUCUGCAUUCGCCAGCUGAUCCGCAUAGACCACAUCCAGGAGCUCCCGCUGCCCAUGCCCCUCAUAGUCUACCUGCGAAAGUUCUACUACUAUGAUCCUGAGGAGGAGAUGUACAUGUCAAUCAAGGAGAUGGGGCGGGACACGACCACCCAACCGGCGACUGGCCAGCCGGAGUCUCAAACGUAGCACUUGGAAGAUCUAUGGAGCAAGGUUUUAUACACGUGGACAGCUUACCUGAAGACUGAUGGUGACUGAUUGGGGACAGUCUCGCUCAAACCCUUUUGUGCCAGACUGUGCACUAAUCAGCGCUCUUGGUUGACUCGGUAUCUGGGACGUCUGGGGGCAGGAUUUUACAUGAUCCACCCUCCUCCCUUUUUGAUUGGCCCACAGAAACUGGAGGAGGAGCAGGGGAUGAGGAAUCUCCACCCACCCGGCCAGUGAGGAAGAUAUCUGACCUCGGGGCUGAACUGGAAGAGCUGACUGACUACUUGCCAUUGUGCUAACUACAGAAAGCCCCCCCAGCUAAGACUGGACAUCACUGCAACGUUGUGGAAACGUCACAUGUACCUGAGUUGGAAGAACAUUUCAAUCAAAACGAGCGCACCCUUGAGCCUGGAGGCUAAGACGAUAGGUUGAGGGUCGAAGUAUAUGGAACCAAAUCAGUUUGGAAAACGAUGCACUUGACCUUUGUUUGUACCCCUGCUCUGAAAAGGUCUGGGAAAAGGGACAGCUCAUUGUUUGGACCCGAGUAUAAAAAGUUGUCUACUGUAUGUCAGCCAAGGAGGAGAAACUGUACACACCUUUCUGAUGUGAUGCAUUCUCAAGUACAGAGAAAUAUCAUUUUUUUGUUGUUUCCUCUUAAAAUAUUUGGUUGCCGCUGAUUUGAUCUGCACCUUUUGAGUUGACUGCCUGAGCUGUGUGUGUGUCUGCGUGUCUGUGUGCCUGUAUGUGUGUGUGUCUGCGUGCCUGAGCUGUGCGUGUGUCUGCGUGCCUGUGUGUGUCUGCGUGCCUGAGCUGUGUGUGUGUGCGUGCCUGAGCUGUGUGUGUGUGUGCGUGCCUGAGCUGUGUGUGUGUCUGCGUGCCUGAGCUGUGUGUGUGUCUGCGUGCCUGUAUGUGUGUGUGUCUGCGUGCCUGAGCUGUGUGUGUGUCUGCGUGCCUGAGCUGUGUGUGUGUCUGCGUGCCUGAGCUGUGCGUGUGUCUGCGUGCCUGUAUGUGUGUGUGUCUGCGUGCCUGAGCUGUGUGUGUGUCUGCGUGCCUGUAUGUGUGUGUGUCUGCGUGCCUGUAUGUGUGUGUGUGUGUCUGCGUGCCUGUAUGUGUGUGUGUGUGUGUGUGUGUGUGUGUGUCUGCGUGCGUGUGUGUGUCUGCGUGUGUGUGUCUCUGCGUGUGUGUGUGUCUGUGUGUGUGUCUGCGUGCGU